GGCGGCAGCUGCCAGGGAAACCGAGCCGCCGGCUGGCGGACGGCACGACCAGCAGACAGGCGGGCCGGGGGGCUUCCCUGCGUCUUGCCCUCAGGAGGACCUAGAGCGCCCUUCGCCUGCGCGGCCGGUGCCCGGUCCCCAGGCUGCUCGGGUCUCGGGCCUCCCUACAUCCGCCAGGGGGCGCCGCACGGAGGGGCUGCAGCGUGGGGGUCGGGCGGCUGGAGCCAAGGCAGGGGCGCCGGACCCGUCGUGCCGAGGGUGCUCUCCCCCGCUCAGGAGGUGCCCCUGGGCGGGGGGCCCGGAGUCCUUUCACCCGGACGGAGACAGGGGCAUCUGGGGCGAGGAGGGCGCACAGCCCCCUGCCCCUGCCGGCACCCUGGCCAUGACAGGCAAGUCGGUGAAGGACGUGGAUCGGUACCAGGCGGUCCUGGCCAACCUGCUGCUGGAAGAAGAUAACAAGUUUUGUGCGGACUGCCAGUCUAAAGGACCACGAUGGGCCUCCUGGAACAUUGGUGUCUUCAUCUGCAUUCGAUGUGCUGGAAUCCACAGGAAUCUCGGGGUGCACAUAUCCAGGGUAAAAUCCGUUAACCUCGACCAGUGGACUCAAGAACAGAUCCAGUGCAUGCAAGAGAUGGGGAAUGGAAAAGCAAACCGACUUUAUGAAGCCUACCUUCCUGAGACCUUUCGCCGACCUCAGAUAGACCCAGCUGUUGAAGGAUUUAUCCGAGAUAAAUAUGAGAAGAAGAAAUACAUGGACCGGAGCCUGGACAUCAAUGCCUUUAGGAAAGAAAAAGAUGACAAGUGGAAAAGAGGAAGUGAACCAGCUCCAGAGAAGAAAAUGGAACCUGUUGUCUUUGAGAAAGUGAAGAUGCCACAGAAAAAAGAAGACCCUCAGCUACCUCGGAAAAGCUCCCCCAAAUCCACAGCGCCUGUCAUGGACUUGCUGGGCCUUGAUGCUCCUGUGGCCUGCUCCAUUGCAACUAGUAAGACCAGCAAUACCUUAGAGAAGGACUUAGAUCUUUUGGCCAGCAUUCCAUCCCCAUCUUCUUCAGUUUCCAGAAAGGCUGUAGGAUCCAUGCCGACUGCAGGGAGUGCCGGCUCAGUUCCCGAAAACCUGAACCUGUUUCCUGAGCCGGGAAGCAAAUCAGAGGAAACAGGCAAGAAACAGCUAUCUAAGGACUCCAUCCUCUCACUGUAUGGAUCCCAGACUCCUCAAAUGCCUGCCCAAGCAAUGUUCAUGGCUCCAGCUCAGAUGGCAUAUCCCACAGCCUACCCCAACUUCCCUGGGGUCACACCUCCGAACAGCAUAAUAGGGAGCAUGAUGCCCCCACCAGUAGGCAUGGUAGCUCAGCCAGGAGCUUCUGGGAUGGUUGCUGCCCCGAUGGCCAUGCCUGCGGGCUACAUGGGGGGCAUGCAGGCAUCAAUGAUGGGUGUGCCAAACGGAAUGAUGACUACCCAGCAGGCUGGCUACAUGGCAAGCAUGGCGGCUCUGCCCCAGACCAUGUAUGGGGUUCAGCCAGCUCAACAGCUACAGUGGAACCUUACCCAGAUGACCCAGCAGAUGGCCGGCAUGAACUUCUACGGCGCCAACGGCAUGAUGAACUAUGGACAGUCAAUGAAUGGUGCAAACGGACAAGCAGCCAAUCAGACGCUCAGCCCUCAGAUGUGGAAAUAAAAACAAAGCACCUGUACGGCCACCACUCUCUUCAGCCCUCUCUUUCCUGCUCUCUUCUUUCCCCAGCUCCUCCCACUCCAUCCCAUUUUCUGGCCUCCCUCCGUUUGGUUUAGAAAUCACAGAAUAAGUCAUUGGGGGUUGGCACUCUGCUCAUCCCUGUCACUCCCCAACCCCGCCGACCUCUCUGUUGCUUUCUGUUGCACAUGCCCCCUCGCCAUGCUGACUUAUCUCCCGGGGCCGCCCCUAGCCGUCUCCUGGCACCAGCACCUUAGACAUUGUUGGCAGAAGGCACUUCGCUGAGGGAGGAAUGUACAUGCUUCUGAGGACCCUUCUCUCAAGGAUAACCUCGUGCCAGACUUGAGAAAGGCCUGGAGGGGGUGUGUUUUAGGCAAAGAAGGGGAGGACUUAGAAGUCCAUUCAUACAUGUCACUAAACUGUUUCUAAGUUUAAAACUUAGGGGUGAAGAGGGAGGCAUCAUGCUCCUAUGAUUUAUGGGAAAGAAGAAAGGACCGAAGGCAAACGAAAUCCUUCUUGGGUCUUGGAUCAAGUUGUCGAUAGCUCAUGGGUGAGGUAAGCUUCCUCCCAGGAAGGUAAAAAGAAAAUCUCUCCGCCCUUAGUAGCUUUCUGCAUCUGAGGUUUCAAGGCUUGCUUCUUCAGUCAGCCUCUAUCAGCACCAAAGACUUCACGAAGGUCCCGCGCAAACACAGCCGCCCCAGUCUCUCCUCGCCUGCAGAGGGAGAUGGUCCCAUGGCUUGAGAACCAACCCCUUGAAUGAGAAUGCACAGCUUAAAGCCCGUACUUUGUGUGUGUGUGUACUUCGUGCGUGUGUGAGUGUGUGGAUUCUGCCUCCCACCCACUCCCCAUCUGCCCUGAGUGGUAUUUGUUGGUCUAGUUUUAGGUUUAUAACAAAGAGCAGUUAAUUUAUCAACAGCUUAGAGCUGUUGAUAAUUUUUCUUAUAGUUAAAAAAAUGCAAUCUCAGUUAUAAUUCUCUUUUCCCUUCCCCUUCUCCUAUCCUGCCAACCACCCUUUCCUGCCUGUGUCCUGGGGUGUUGGGUUUCAUCCCCACCCUUUCCAGGUGUCUGAGGCAGAGAGCCUGGACAGCUGUCCCAUCACUCAUUGUUCACCCCACUUGAAAAUUAAAGCUAGAAAACUUUGCUUCAAAGAUUUCAUCUGUGGGAAUCACACUUCCUGGUUGCCUUCCUCCUGUGUAUGUGUAAAUUCCUUAAUAAACAUUGCAGGAAGGGC